CUCUGCAUUUAUCGUUCUGUGUUUGUUUGUGCCCAGGUUUGCCAUUCGUAUUAUAAUUGUCUCGAGUGUUACAGGAAUUGUAUGGAAACAGUUCUUACUGCAAUUUCAUUCACGUUGAUUUUUAAAUUACUCAUGUUACGACCUGUAUUGUGACUAUUGGCGACACUGUUUUCUUAAUAUCAAUGGAAAGCAUCAAGUGGGCACAUAUUAUCGCGACGUAGUUUUCAGGGGCAAAUUUCCUGUCAUUGUGCUUUAGUGGAAAGGUUGAAGGCUGACUGUAUUUUUCCAUAUAUGCAAACAAAUACGUUAAGAUCAAGAGAGAAUACUUACAUUGAUGUGUCACACUUAACCAAGGAAGAAAAUGAACAGUCGUUGCAGUUUUGUUAUUUGUUUUAUCGGUGUUUUUGUGUUUGAAAGCAUAUUAGCUUCAGAAACGAUAUGUACCGUGCAUACAGUGGGUCGUGCGUGCCCAGAUCCUAAUGAAACUUGUUACCAACAGAAAGCAAGUAAUGAUACUGGUGUGUGCAAAUGUAAACCUGGAUACAGGAAACAGAGCCCCGCGGAACCAUGCUUACAGACCAGGCCAGUCACUCCAGACCCACAUUCAGAUGACAAGCCUACAACACCAAAGACAGAACAUUCAUCUAACGUAUCAGGUUCUGCCAUUGCUGCCGGCAUUCUGAUUCCACUGGUGCUGAUUGUGGUGGUGGUAGGAUUGCUGUACUCUGCACGCCGGUUCCACUGGCUACACUGGUUUCGCCAGCUGAGACAACGGCGUUAUGACGAGGUUCGGAUUGGACAGGAAGACGAUGAUGACCCACCGAUUGCAUGAACGUGAGAUUUUGGUAGGGGUCAGGAAUGUAAUAAGACUGGAAGCCAAGUCAUGGGUGUCUGAGUAAGUGUGUUUCUUUACGAAUGUGUCAUAAUGCUAGAUCAUCGAGGCCAGGUUACGUGUACAGUUUAAUUGUGGCACAAAAUGAUUUUGCGAUUUAGUGAUUUUUUAGAAUAUUUGUACGAAGCUUUUGCACUGAAUAUGUCCAUGAAAAUGUUGUCUUCGUGCUCAUAACAUUACUUUGGAUUUUUUUUUAAACUUUUUCUCAUUUCUACCCCAAGAGUUGGGAUUGUGUCUGUUCUGAACCCAGGUUUAGUUUCAGGAAGUAGUUGAGAAUUCUGGCACAAAAAUUUAAUUCAUCUCUCGUUAUUUCUAUCUUUGUCAUACUCUAAAAAGCAGUAACAUAUAUAUUUCUUAUAUAAAAAUGGGUGCUUCAUUUAGUGGGCAGAAUAAAUAAAUCAAAUGGCACAAAUUAAAAGGUGGGUGCUUAACCUUCGUCAGCCGUGCAUCACAAUUUCCACGCAGUCCAGUCUUUUAACUGUGAAGUUUAAGUUUGGCCAGCAGCCCCAUUCUUCUUCUUCUUCUAUGGCUCUCCGGUCCGUAUUCGGUCCAUGGCCUCCUCAAUU